GGCUCCUGGCGCCGCGGCUUGGCUGCGGGUGGCCCGAGAUGCCCAAGCGUGGCAAGAAGCAGGGGGGAGGGGACAGCGGGGAGGAGCCCGAGGUCCCAGAGCCCGAGGCGAAGAAGAAUAAGAAAGAAGGAGCCAAAGGCGCCAAGGAGAAGGCCGUCGAGGGGCCGAUCCUGUACCAGGACCCCCCGGACAAGCUCGCCUCCCCCGGUGGGAAGAGGUACACGCUGAAGGUCACCUCCUGGAACGUGGACGGGCUCCGCGCGUGGUUCAAGAAGAAGGGGCUGGAGUGGGUGCGCGAAGAGGGCCCAGAUGUGCUGUGCCUACAGGAGACAAAAUGUGCAGAGAAGCUGCUGCCCCCCGAGAUACGGGACAUGCCCGAAUACCCACACAAGUACUGGGCCUGCUCUGAUGACAAGGAAGGCUAUAGCGGGGUGGCCCUGCUCUCCAAGACCGAGCCGCUUAAUGUCACCUAUGGCAUUGGCGAGGAAGAGCAUGACAAGGAGGGGCGGGUGAUCACAGCCGAGUUCCCCUCGCACUUCCUCGUUACCGCUUACGUGCCUAAUGCAGGCCGGGGCCUGGUGCGCCUGGAGUACCGGCAGCAGUGGGAUAUUGCCUUCCGGGCCUACCUGAAAGGGCUGGAUGCCCGCAAGCCCCUCAUCCUGUGUGGGGACCUCAAUGUGGCCCACAAGGAGAUUGACCUCAAGAACCCCAAGGGCAACAAGAAGUCAGCUGGAUUCACACCCCAGGAGCGCGAGGGCUUUGGGGAGCUGCUGGCAGCCGGCUUCCUCGACACCUUCCGUCACCUGUACCCAGACACACCCUACGCCUACACCUUCUGGACCUACAUGAUGAACGCCCGCGCCAAGAAUGUGGGCUGGCGCCUGGACUAUUUCCUGGUAUCGCAAAGCCUGCAAGGGGCUGUGUGUGACAGCAAGAUCCGCAACCAGGUCAUGGGCAGUGACCACUGCCCUAUCACCCUCUAUGUGGCCCUCUGAGCUGGGCUGGGGCCAGUAUGCCCCUACAGCCCCAUCACCCCAAUGCUUUCUUACCCUUUAUGUUCUGCGCAGCAGGGCUUGGGUCCGCAGCCCGAAUAGUCCCUUUCUCCCCAAAUAAAUCUGAGGUAGAAGGGGACUAGAUUCACCUUUCUGAUUCUGAUCAAGUCUUAAUAUGUCUUGUAAGCAGGACUUUGGCCUGUCGGCCUCUGUCUGCCCUUGGGACGUACCCUUGACCUCUGUGCAUCUACAGAGCCCCAUAAGAGGGUAACAGGGCCAGAUGAGCAGAAGAAUGGGGCUGUAUGUCUUCAUAUAGCCCUAUAAGAGCCAUGGAGAGGAGUACAGAGAAAAGGCCUUGUGCCAAGGUCAGGCGAUGCCUCACCCCAGGGGUACCCCCCGAGCAGUCCCAGUUCAACCUGCUGCACAUGGAAGAGCCAACGCUCAGGGUCCCUGACCCCACAGCUCAGAAAGCAAGAACCUGUGGCAAACAACCUGGGGACAAUUACACUGCACCCUGUUCAGACCAGGACUCUGAUCCUCCCGCACUGCCCAAGCCUUGCUGUGACCCCCAGUACAGUCCCUACGUCCCUCCACCUGUAAGGGCCACCCUAGUAUCUGCUUGUUUCUUUCUCCCCAAGAUUCAGAGACCCUUCUCAUAAUGGAGAAGUAGGGCACUAUUUUUUACCUGCAAAAUUAAGUAGUUCUCUUGCCUAGAAGCCAAUGCCCCACUAGUGGGGGUUUCCUCAGUUGUGCUGGGGGCUGUAUGUUGUUGCAAGGAGUACUGAAUAAAACACAUUUAAAACAA